AUGCGCAGUAUGGAAGAACAAAAUCCCAAGAAUAAGGUUAUUUCAUCUAUGAACAAUGUUGCAAGUACAACAGCAUCAUCGAAUACCAUCCUACCAAGACGACGGAAGGCACAAAACUUUUUGCUGUUCUGGGUGGAUAGCAAUAUUGAUCAAACAAAGCAAGAUUACCAAAACACGCUGGCACAACUGCGCGGUGUAGUCAAUGACGUCGAUAUUUGCACCACACCAGAACAAUGCAUUCGAUCUCUCAAAGUUAUUGAUGACCAGAAAGCUUUCGUCAUUACUUCGGGAUCAUUAGGUCGAUGUUUAGUCCCCGACAUUCAUGAUAUGCAACAGUUAGAUGCUAUUUACAUCUUCUGUGGCAAUAAAGCUGCACAUGAAGUAUGGAUGAAAAAAUGGACAAAAGUCAAAGGUGUGUAUACAGCAAUCAAACCUAUAUGUGAAGCACUGCAAUCGGCUGUGAAACAAUGUAAUCAAGAUUCUAUCUCAGUCAGCUUUAUUAGUAUGAAUGAAGAGGAUUCGAGUGAAAAUCUCGAUAAACUUGAACCGUCCUUUAUGUAUUCACAAAUAUUCAAGGAAAUUCUAUUUGAAAUCAACUAUGACCAACAAUCCGUUAAGGAUUUAGCCAAUUAUUGCCGUGAACUUUUCAAGAAAAACAAGGUUGAAUUAAAUAUCAUUGAUGAAUUUGAACGUACAUAUAGACCAUCAUUAGCUAUCUGGUGGUAUUCGCGAGAAUGUUUCACAUAUCAAAUGCUCAAUAAAGCGCUUCGAACAUUAGAUGGCGACACUAUCAUACCUAUGGGGUUCUUUAUUUGUGAUCUACAUCGCCAAAUUGAAGAUUUACACAAGAAACAAAUCAAUCAAUACGAUGGAAAGCCCUUUAUCGUCUAUCGAGGACAAGGUUUAUUCAAUAGUGACUUCGAAAAACUUACCAAAACAAAACGUGGACUUAUGUCCUUCAACAGUUUCUUAUCCACCAGUAAAAAUCGCAAAAUUUCCCUUGCUUUUGCCAGAGGUGCCUUAACUAAAACCGAUAUGGUAGGCAUUCUCUUUCAAAUUUCUGUUGAUCCAUCGAUUUCAUCAGCUCCAUUUGCCUCCAUCCGGGAGGUUAGUGAUAUAAAAACCGAAGAAGAAAUUCUCUUUUCUAUGCACACAGUUUUUCGAAUUGGUGACAUUCAAAAAAUUGACAACCAGCAUCCACUUUAUCAAGUGAAUCUUGAACUUACAUCGGAUGAUGACGAACAGCUGCGUAAAUUGACCGAAUAUAUACGAGAAGAAGCUGCCGGUCCAACGGGUUGGACACGGUUGGGAAACUUGUUGCUCAAAAUCGGUCAAUUUAACAAGGCCGAAGAAUUGUAUACAGCGCUUCUCGACCAGACAUCCGACGAGAGCGAGAGACAACAUUAUUAUCACCAACUUGGAUGUAUCAAGGGACGUCAAGGUGAUUAUGAGAAAGCUAUUCGAUAUUACGAAAGAACACUUGAAAUCGAAGAGAAAACACUCCCUCCAAAUCAUCCUGAUUUAGCUAUUUCAUACGGUAACAUCGGUUUGGUAUAUCUGAAAAUGGGAGAAUACUCAAAAGCACUUUUCUUUUACGAAAAAACACUUGAAAUCCAACAAAAAACACUUCCUACAAAUCAUCCUGACCUUGCUACUUCCUACAACAACAUUGGUAUGGUGUAUCAAAAUAUAGGAGAACAUUCGAAAGCACUUACGUAUCUUCUAAAAGAUAUCGAAAUGCGACAAAAGAUUCUUCCACAAAAUCAUCCUUCAUUGGCUACCUCCUACAACAAUAUUGGCAAGGUGCAUCGAAACAUGGGAGAGUAUCCGAUAGCAUUUUCCUUUUACGAAAAAGCCCUUGAAAUUCAACAGCAAACUCUUCCUUCAAAUCAUCCUGACUUAGCUAUUUCUUACAACAACAUUGGUGAUGUGUAUGGAAACAUGGAGGAGUAUACAAAAGCUCUUUCAUUUUAUGAAAAAGCACUUGAAAUUCAAAAACAAACUCAUCCUCCAAAUCCUCCUCUAUUGGCUACUUCCUAUAACAGCAUCGCUUGUUUGCGUUACAAUAUGGGAGAGUAUUCGGAAGCUCUUUCGCUAUAUGAACGUGCUCAGGAAAUCUGGCAACGUUCACUACCUCCUAAUCAUCCUCUUGUGAAAGACGUACAAAAGAGUAUUGACAUUGUAAGAAAGAAGUUGUAA